AUGGCGGCGUCCCUGGCAUGGCGUUCUUCCGGCACAUGGUCCCGCGUUCCGCCUGCGGAGCUACCAAAACGUGACGGCGCGGGGACGGCGUUGGUGCUGCCCGUGGUGGCCCAGAAGAAAGCCAAGAAAGUGCGGAAGGUAACCCGCCGGAGCGCAAACCCCAUCCUGCAGGCGUUCCCGUUGAAAUCUAUGGAACUUGGGAGGUUCUGAGGAUGUUCCUGAUGUUUCUCGUCUUGUAGAUCAUAUUGAAGGAGGACGUGGAGCAGCUGGGAAAGCAAGGGGAGAUGCUGGAGGUGAAGGCCGGGUUCUACCGCAAUUACCUGCUGCCGCUCGGGAAGGCUCAGAUCGUCACCCCUCUCCUCGUCAAGUAUGGUUCCUGACGCGUGUCUCCCUCUUCACCGCCCGCCCCCCGUCUCCCAUAUCCAUUACCAACUUCUGCCCAGAGCUGAGUCGUCCUAACCCAUUUGGGCACGUCUCCAGGGAAAUGCGGAUUGAAGAGGAGCGAAUUGAGGCAGAGAAGAAGCGAGUAAGUGACAGAAAAAUAUUAUCCAGAAGCUUUUUUUUUCUCUACGCUUGAAAUUCUUCCAUCGUUGAUUCAUUUGGACGACUUGCGAACCCCCAACCUAAGAAGAAUUCUCAAAAAGACUCGGAAAGAUGACAUCAAGGACCGAUUUUGGGUUAUAAUUCAGUAUGCUUGAUGUCAAUCCCGUGGAACAAAAUCGACGGAGUCGUCCCAGAAUCUUCCAUCCCCACGCCCGUGGAUCAUUGUUUAUCACUGUUCCCAAACCCUUUUUAGCCGAUACUGGCUGGUCGUGAAUAUCGCUGUUCUUCUUGUUUUCCGUAUAUUACUUUCCGAGCAUUGUCCCACAUCUUCGUCUACCAAGGUCACAUAUCCAACCUUUUUAUGCCCAUCUGCAUCCCAUUUUUUAUAAAAUAAUGACCUUUGUGGCCUAAUUGUUCUCAUACGCACGAAUCAAAAUUUGCAUGUAGUAACGCUACAUUUCAUAAAUUAUCUCACACUUAAAAAAAUCUGAUUAUAUCACGCACUCCAAUGAGGGAAUCAACUCCCAUGAAUCCUAUCGAAUGUGGUCCUCAUGGGCUCUUGGGUAAUUUGCGAAAUUAAGAGCCUCUGAGCUCAUGGUAUCAUCGAAGUGGACCAAUUUGAAUUCAAGCGGGCUUUUCAUGACAACGUGAAAUCAGAGAACUACGGAAUAGGAUGGAGACUGGCGGUGGAGGGCUUCUGGCUUGAUUACAAGCUGGCGCCGUCAAGGCUCUGAUUAGAAAUAGAAUGCCGUAGAACUGUUGCUGACUGCCGUUUGAUCUGUAAGCAUCGUAAUUAAGAUGGAAUAGAUAUGAUGCCCGGGAAGAUCAAGAAAGGAGAGGUUUUUCCCAUCCAGCUAUGAUUUUCUGUUGGCUUCAGUCAUUUUCUGUGGUACGAGGAGAUGCAUCCGUGAUGAGGAAGUCCUGGUUUUUGACCCUGCAGAUGAUAGGAUUCUAGGCAGGGAAAUCUGACGGUCUCAUUGUGGACUCGAGAUCGUCAAAAGAAAGUACUCUGAGGUGAGUGAGGAUGAGGAUGAGCAUCGGACAGGGUUGACUGAGCUUGUGCUACGCUUGUUGGUGAUAGCCUCGGUUUUUCCUGGGUUUCUAAGUGGAGGAAGAUCAAUGGCUUUGCAUUUAUCUCAUUGAAAUUUGGAGUUUUUCUUUCCUUCCUCAAAAUAACUAUGUAGAUAAAUCUGCGAAAUUAAUUUGACAAUCCUGCCGAUCCAUUCCUGUAUUCCUCUACCCCCGUGAGACAUGGAAGGCAUUAGUCGAGCUCGUAUGCCAGCUCAUAUUCUCUAUAAUCUCAGUCAACUCGUCAAGAUCGACCAUUCUACCGAGAUUUAGUCAGCAUCUCGUCCAUUUUUUUGUACAUAUUCAUAUGCUUUUCUUCCAUUAUCGUUCAUCAUUCAUUUCUUCGCGGGCAGGUAAAAGAAGAGGCCCAGCAGCUCGCGCUGAUAUUCCAGACAGUUGGAGCCUUCAAGGUCAAACGCAAGGGUGGAAAGGGCAAGCAAAUAUUCGGAACGUGAGUAUCAUCAAUACCCACAUAUAAACCGCACUUUUAUGUCGUAUAAUCUUCAAUAACGAGCUUACAGAGAGAGAGAGAGAGAGAGAGAGAGAAGGAGCCACCAUUGUCACAUCUUUCUAACGUUUCUUGGGUCAUCUUUCUUGGGUUAGAAAGAUGACCCAAGAGUCAAUGGUGACUCUGGCAGCGAUAGAGAGAGAGUCACCAUUGUCGCCACUGUCACAUCUUUAAGCUGUGCCAGAUGUCCGGCAGCGCUGGAGGGACCUUCUUGGGUCAUCCAUCUUCUAACGUUUCUUCUUCGUCUUCUUUUGUUCACCAGUGUCACCGCGCAAGAUCUGGCGGACAUCAUCAAGGCACAGCUUCAAAGGUAGAUGGAUAAACUUACCAGCAUAUGUAGGAUUUAUACAUGUAUAUAGAAGUAUAUGUCUAUACGUAUCUGAGCGGAAACUUUGGAGCUCGGAUCCCCGGUUUCUUUCUCGUUUGAAUCUGUUCCCAUUCCCUGCGGCGUUGCAGGGAUAUCGACAAGAGGAUCAUCGCGCUGCCGGACAUCCGCGAGACCGGGGAGUACGUCGCGGAGCUCAAGCUCCAUCCCGAGGUCACCGCCCUGGUGAAGGUCAACGUCUUCGCUAACUGA